CUGAACCUAGCCCCGGUAGAAUUCGCUCCUUCGCAAGAGUUCAAAUCCGAUUCAGUCUCUCUCUUACAAAAGCCUUGAAUCAAUUCGAUCGAAGGAAUAGGUAUGCGUCCGAGUCCCCUACACGCUGUUGCUCAGAAAGGUCCUAAGUGUUGACGAGCGGAUGGACCGUUUAGAAAGCCGGGAAAAGCCUUAUAGAACUACAAGAAAUCCACGCGGAAGAAAUGGGGACCUUAUAGAAAUCUGCCUAGUUCUCUUUUCCUCACCAUUUGUCUUGAUUAGUCGAGCCAAGAAUGUUGCACCUCCUACUUCCGUUGCUGCUCUUGAUCUCCAAUGUCGGACCAUCACAAUCAGCCAUCGUCGAGAGCCUCCCGGGCUUCCCUGGAGAGCUUCCCUUCAAACUUGAGACCGGAUACGUAGGGGUAGGAGAGCUGGAGGAAGUGCAGCUAUUCUACUACUUCAUCAAGUCCGAGAGGAGCCCCAGGGAGGACCCUUUGUUGGUUUGGCUCACCGGCGGCCCCGGUUGCUCCGCUUUGUCCGGCCUCAUCUACGAAAUAGGUCCGAUGCAGUUUGAUUUUUCAAGUUCCAGCGGAACUAAACCGAUAUUGAAGUAUAAUCCUUACUCCUGGACAAAGGUAGCCAAUAUAAUAUUUUUGGAUGCACCUGUGGGCACGGGAUUUUCAUAUGCAACGACACCGACCGCGUACAACAUUAGUGACACUUCCUCCGCAGCACAAACGUAUGAGUUCUUAAGAAAGUGGCUUGUGUCUCACCCCAGCUUCCUCGCGAAUCCGCUUUACGUCACUGGUGAUUCUUAUUCCGGCGUCGUUAUCCCCAUCAUUGUUAAAAAUAUACAGGAUGGAAUUGAAGCUGGACGGCAGCCGCAAAUGAAUCUCGUGGGUUAUACGCUAGGCAAUCCGGUGACUUGUGAUAAGAAGGACGCGAGUUUUAGAAUUCCAUAUGCUAACAAGAUGGCUCUCGUAUCAGAUGAACUUUACGAGACGACGAAAUCAGAUUGCAAUGGAGAUUUCCAGAAUGUAGAUCCCACAAACGGAGCCUGUCUAACUGACCUUGAAAUGGUGUCGCUAUGCCUUGAGAAGAUAUAUUUGUUUCAAAUACUGGAACCAUCAUGCAAUGUCAUAUCUCCUAACCACACGAUGCUAAAGUGGAGCAGAAGCAUACUCAAAGAGGAUAUCGUCGACGUCGUUUCGAUGCCUCAACAGUCCAGGCCAUGGUGUCGGUCCUAUAACUAUAUAUACUCUUACAUUUGGGCCAAUGAUGAGAAAGUCCGAGAAGCCCUUGGCGUACGAGAGGGCACGAAGCAAGAGUGGAAUAGAUGCAACUUGACUCUAUCUUACACAAAGGACGUUCUUGAUGCUGUAGUUUAUCAUGAAUACCUUUCUGAGAAAACCCUCCGUGCCCUUGUUUACAGUGGUGAUCAUGACUUGGCUAUCCCGUACGUGGCUACAUUGGAUUGGAUAAGAUCACUCAACUUAACUCUAAAAGGUUCGUGGUCGCCUUGGUUCGUCAAAGGUCAAAUAGCCGGAUAUUCUAUAUUGUAUUCGAAAAAUAGCAAGUAUGAUCUGACGUUCACAACGAUUAAGGGAGCGGGACACACAGCUCCGGAGUAUAAACCCAAACAAUGUCUUGCAAUGGCGGACAGAUGGUUCUCUUACUACCCUCUCUAGCUCAUUUCCACUGGCCUUUGGUUUGGUACUCGAAAUAAAUCCAUAUUAGUCACUCAAUGAUAAUGUGAUUGUGGAUGUAUCUUUCCUGUCAGAGAAAUUUAGUGUACGCCAAUUCAAUCUCAAUAUAUUUUGUGUAUUUAUUAAUGUGUUGACAUUAGUCACGUUUACUCUAGUAGAAAAAAAUAAAU